AUGUCCUUACGUCGCUCUCUUCGUGCCCGUCUUGCCCGGGAUGAUCCACCGAAUCUGGAUUCUAACACGAUUACCAGGCCUACAAGACAGACCCGAGCUGUCGCACCGUCUACAUUAGUAACGGUUGUUCGAUCUCUGGCAGAGGAGUCGAAAAGGUCGAUCUGUGUGACCGUAAAAAUGCCAUCAAAUAAGCUGCGCGAAGUUGCGAGCAGUGGUAGCCGUACUUCGACAAGACGCUCGGUCAACGUCUUCACAGAAAACCCCAUUGUCUCAGGGCCACGGACCAGUCGGCCCAGAAAAAGGCUUGUUGAAGUCGACACGAGCGACGAAGAUGACGUAGAGGAUCAGGAAGAGGAUGAAGUCGACGACGAGGAUGUGCCUGGCGAAGAUGACGAAGAUGUCGAUGGCGAUCUGGAUAUGGAUGACGUCCCACCUCAGCCGCCGGUGUCAAAAAGGAAUGCCAAGGCUUCUGGGGCCACCAAACUAGUCAAAAGUGUCGAGGCCAAGGAGAUGGAGCUGGAUGACGAGGAUGACGAGGACGAUGAAGAGCUCUCUGAGCCAGACUCAGAUGCCGAAGGCGAGCCAGAUGACCCCGAUGAAAGCGGGGUAGGUAAUACAAAUGGAGGGGACGUGAAUUUAGAGGACGACAUGGAUGAAGAAGAGAUCGAUAGCGAGGAUGGAUUACCCUCUACCGAUCUGAGCAAGAUGACCAAAAGACAAAGGGGUACUCUGGGGAAUGACUUUUUGCAACUUCCAAUGGAACCCCAGGUCAAGAAGCACUUGACUGCAGAGGAGCGGGCCAUGCGACGGGCGGAGAUGGCUCGACGGCGAAAGAACCUAAGUGAAAAGCGAAACGAGGAAGAAAAAAUGGAUACUAUCAACAGGCUUCUACGGAAACAAGCUCCGAAACGGCGGGGCCGAAUUCCCGCCGCGGAGGCUGCCGAGGUGGCUUCAGCGGAGCAAGAGCUACAGGAUGUCGAAAGGGCAGAUCCAACCAUGGCCAGAUGGCUCAGUGGCCGCGAAGGAAGCAGUGUCAGUGUACCCGUGGAAUGGCUUGGUGCACCUGCCGGGCGUGCCUUUGGAGAAGGCCCUCUGGUGAUCAAUGGAUCCAGAAAUCUCGUGGAAGAAGUAUGA